AUGAGCCCAUCCACAAGUCUUGAUUCAACAUCUGUAAAUAACGUUGAUAAAAAUACAUAUAGGGGAAUGAUUGGAUCACUCCUCUACUUGACCGUCAGUCGACUAGACAUAUUGUUCAGUGUGUGUAAGUGUGCAAGGUUCCAAUCGGCUCCUAAAGAGUCUCAUCUGAUUGUCGUCAAAAGAAUUAUUCGAUUUCUCAUUGGAACACAGGAUACUGGACUAUGUCACCCUUGCUCCUAUCAUUUUGACUUAAUUGGAUAUUCAGACGCUGACUUUGCAGGUAAUAAGAAUGAUAGAAAAAGCACUAGUGGAACAUGCCAAAUUCUUCAUGAUGCCUUAAUUUCAUUGCAUAGCAAGAAGCAAACUUUAGUUGCUCUAUCAACAACGGAAGUUGAAUACAUAGUCGUUGGAGGUUGUACUACUCAAAAUUUAUGA